AGUACAAAGAGCCGGGAAGGAGGCGGGACUGGAAGAAGAAGAAGCAGCAGCAGCUGGGGGAGAUAAGGGAGACGUACAGUCUGGAAAGGCUCGUCGCCUGGAGGGUGUCAAUGUAGUAUUGCUGUGCUUAGGCUGCCUUGUAGCCUUGCCUCAAGUGACAAAAUGGCAACUUUGAAAUGAAAUCUCCUGUCUGCACUGGGACUUACUUAUGCUGCUAAUGGCAUCGGAAUCUAAGCUCCCUGGACCAACCAAGCCACAGCCAGCCAGUGGGAGAAGGAACCUUCCUCAGGACAAGUCCCUCACAAGUGACGGCGAUGGUGAUGGCUCAUUUGUCUUCGAAGCUGACGACGCCUGGAAAGAAUUUCACAGCUCACUUCUCCAUUUUUAUGAAGUGGGUGAGCUGUGUGAUGUCACUCUUAAGGUUGGUUCGAAGUUGAUUCCUUGCCACAAACUUGUCUUGGCAUGCGUGAUACCCUAUUUCCGUGCUAUGUUCCUUUCUGAUAUGGCGGAGGCGAAACAAACAGUCAUAGAGAUCCGGGACUUUGAUGGCGAUGCCUUUGAAGAUCUGGUGAAGUUUGCUUAUUCAUCCCGAGUGACCCUCACAGUUGAUAACGUCCAGCCACUUCUUUAUGCGGCCUGCAUUCUCCAAGUGGAACUUGUCGCCAAGGCCUGUUGUGAAUACAUGAAACUGCAUUUUCAUCCCUCUAACUGCCUUGCUGUAAGGGCCUUUGCAGAGAGCCACAAUAGAGUAGAUUUGAUGGACAUGGCAGACCGCUUUGCUUGUGACCAUUUUGCUGACGUGGUAGAGUGUGAUGACUUUGUCAGCAUGUCUCCUCAGCAUCUUUAUAAGCUGUUGUCUUCUGAUGAUCUUCAUAUUGAGAAUGAGAAGCAGGUCUACAAUGCAGCCAUAAAGUGGCUUCGUGCCAACCCCCAGCACCAUGAAGCUUGGCUGAAUGAAAUCCUGUCCCAGGUUCGAUUGCCAUUGUUACCCAUUGAAUUUUUGAUGUCUGUUGUGGCCAAAGAGCAGAUAAUAAGAAAGGACUUGAAAUGCAGAGAUUUGCUGGAUGAAGCGAGGAAUUAUCACCUGCACCUAAGUAGCCGGGCUGUCCCCGAUUUCGAAUUUACAAACCGCACUACACCAAGGAAACAGACUGCCGGUGUAUUGUUCUGUGUGGGAGGAAGAGGAGGCUCGGGGGACCCAUUUCGUAGUAUUGAAUGUUACUCUGUAUGCAAGAACAGCUGGUUCUUUGGGCCAGAAAUGAACAGCCGGAGAAGACAUGUGGGUGUUAUCUCUGUUGGAGGAAAGGUAUAUGCAGUUGGUGGCCAUGAUGGCAAUGAACAUUUGGGUAGUAUGGAGGUGUUUGAUCCACUUACAAAUAAAUGGAUGAUAAAGGCAUCAAUGAAUAAAAAAAGGAGAGGGAUUGCAUUGUCAUCUCUUGGUGGCCCAAUAUAUGCCAUUGGUGGGUUGGAUGACAACACAUGCUUCAAUAAUGUAGAGCGCUAUGAUGUGGAAUGUGAUCACUGGACUGCUGUCGCUCCAAUGAAUACACCUCGAGGUGGUGUUGGAUCGGUUGCUCUUAUGAACCAUGUGUAUGCUGUUGGAGGAAAUGAUGGUGUUGCUUCCCUCUCAAGUGUGGAGAAGUAUGACCCCCAUCUGGAUAAAUGGGUGGACAUUAAAGAGAUGGGCCAAAGAAGAGCAGGCACUGGAGUGAGCGAAUUACAUGGAUGUCUAUAUGUUGUAGGUGGAUUUGAUGACAAUGCCCCUCUGAGUUCUGUAGAGAAAUAUGAUCCUCAUACCAACAGAUGGGAGUAUGUUGCAGAACUCACUACACCGAGAGGAGGGGUCGGCAUAGCAGCACUGAUGGGAAAAAUAUAUGCAGUUGGAGGUCAUAAUGGAAAUGCAUAUCUGAACACUGUGGAGUGCUAUGACCCAAUUAUGAACAGGUGGGAGCUGGUUGGCUCUGUGGCUCACUGCAGGGCUGGUGCAGGAGUGUCUGUCUGUUCCUGUCUAUGUACUCAGAUCCGGGACAUUGGUCAUGGUUCAAGCAAUGUGGUGGACUGCAUGUAAAACACUCAGAUUGGAAUUAACAUUUAAUAACUGAUCUCUUUGGAUUCUUUUAAAUCGCUGCUCCAGGCAAUUAGACCUGAGUGACGGCAGACCGAUAUAAAGUAUAGAAAUGUACUUUGGGUUUGGCACAAUGUGAUGAAAUGAAGGUUGCACUGAAGCUACACUUGUGCUUUUGUGACAGUUUGUGUCUGCUACGUGUAGUAACUUGGCAACACCUUUUAACUGUAUUCCUUUUCAAAGUCUUGAUACGUAUGCCUAGGUUUAGCACAUUUUUCACCUAGUAAGUUAUUUUGUUGAAGUGCCAAAUGGUAUUUGCAUACAAAUCUGCACAUUUUCUGAGAAAUAUAUUUUUGUGUCCUGUGUAAAUAAUAUGCAUCGUUUUGAAAUUUAAACAUGUGUAAAUAUAGAAGUCUAUUUAUUAAAUAUUUUUGUUCACUGUGGAAUGGCAUUACACUAGUAGUGAUGUUAGAUUUACAAAAUGAUUCUAAAAUUAAAGUUGUCUUUAUAAAUU